AAGAAGAAGAAGAAGAAGUAGUAGUAGUGAUAGAGCGAAGCUUAGCAAACACUGCAGGAUGGCAGAAGAGCAACCCCACAGCGGCUUUCAUAGAAAAAUACUGAACUGAGGUCCAGGCCUGGGAAAUAGUUUCCAUGCUGCAGGAGGGAGGCAGUGUGUGUGUAUAGCCUGAGCAGCGUCGCGAUGGGUCCUAGAAGAAAGGCCUCUAAACUCCAACCUGUAGGGGGCAGCGGUGGAGGGGAGCUGGUCCUGAGACCCAGUGAGCCCAAAGACUACAUCAAUGAGCUGUCCCAUGAAGUCCUCUGUCACAUAUUCAGGUACCUUCCCAUGAAGGACAUCAUGUGUAUGGAGUGUCUGUCCAGAAAGCUUCGUGAAGCUGUAACUCUGUACCUACGAGUAGUCAAGGUAGUGGAUCUGUGUGCUGGUCGCUGGUGGGAGUAUAUGCCUUCAGGUUUUACAGACAGCAGCUUUCUGCUCCUUUUGAAGAAGAUGCCAGAUCUGGAGCAGCUUUAUGGCCUCCACCCUCGAUACCUGGAGAGGAGACGAGUCCGGGGCUACGAGGCUUUCAGUAUACCUGGAGUCCUGGAGGCACUACAAGCCUGUCCCAAUCUGCUGGGCGUGGAGACGUCCCAUCUGGAGCUGGUGGAAGCCAUAUGGAACUACAUGCCUCAGGUUCACAUACUAGGAAAGUUCCGCAACCGUAACGGGUCUUUUCCCAUUCCCGCUGAGAACAAACUGACCAUCCCCAUAACUGCAAAGAUCCAGACCCUACAUCUAGUGGGUGUGAAUGUCCCGGAGAUCCCCUGUGUGUCCAUGCUGCGCCACCUUUACCUGAAAUGGGUCCGUCUCACCAAACCACAGCCGUUUAAGGACUUUCUGUGUGUGAGCCUGAGAACCUUUGUCAUGCGGAACUGUGCAGGGCCAACCAACUCGCUCAAAUAUGUUCCCCUGGUUACCGGUUUAGCAUCAGCCCGGAACCUGGAGCAGCUGGAGCUGGUGAGAGUUCCCUUCCUGGGAGGGCUCAUCCAACAUGUGGUGGAGGAUAGCUGGAGGUCAGGAGGAUUUCGGAACCUCCACACCAUUGUGUUUGGAGCCUGUAAGAACGCUCUGGAAGUGGACUUGGGCUACCUUAUCAUCACUGCUGCUCGCAGGCUCCAUGAGCUGCGGAUCCAGCCUUCACUCACUAAAGAUGGAGUCUUCUCAGCUCUCAAAAUGGCUGAACUAGAGUUCCCUCAGUUUGAGACGCUUCAUCUGGGAUAUGUGGAUGAGUUCCUGCUGCAAUGUAAGUUGAGUCAUUCGGAGCUGGUGAAGUACGGUCUGGCUGAUGUCAUUGAGAACCCCGGCAUCAUCACUGAUAUUGGCAUAAAGGUGGUGAAUGAGGUGUUCACUAAUAUUAAAUACCUCCUCAUCUACAACUGUCCACACCUGCACAACCCUCACCACUGGAUCACAGAUCAGUCCAGAUGGAGCCGUCUUGUUGAUCUCACUCUGGUUCGCUGUCAUGCCAUCAAACUGGAAUCCUUCUCCCAGUUCAUAGAGUUACUGCCCAGUCUGGAGUUUAUCUGUCUGGAUCAGAUGUUUAGAGAACCACCCAAGGGCUGUGCCAGGGUGGGCCUGAGUGCAGGAACUGGUAUUGGUGUGUCCUCGGCACUGGUCAGCAAUCAGAACUCCAACAAUGACCACGACAACAACAACCACCACCACAAUAAUGAGGCCAACCUGCCUCCCGCUCCUCCACCUGUCAACAACAUCAACAACAACAACCAAAGGCAGCAGCAGCAGCAGCAGCAGCAGCAGCAGCAGCAGCAGCCCAAUGCACCAGUGGAGGUAAAUGGGAUGGAGGACGAUGAUGAUGAUGAGGUAAUGUUGGAGGAGGAGAACAUGGGGGCUGAUCCUCAGAUAGAGCUGAAAGGAGCAGAAGAGGAGGUGAGAGUGGAAGAAGCUGAUGUGUCUCCAGGGCCCAGUCGUCCAGCUGGAACACCACAGGCUCCUGAUGAGGAGCAAGCAGGUCCCAGUGGUUUAGUCCAGCAGUGCAGACCAGCUGGUGCCUCUGUUCCCAAGCCCCCGCUGGUCAUUUCAGACUCGGACAGUGAGGAAGAAGAAGGCCUUGUUUCAAGGCUAAUGCCAGCUUCCUGUUUGCAGCAGCCAGCUUCCUGUACAGAAGGUGUCAGCACAACACAGAACACACCGGGCAGUCACAACAGUAAAGGAAAGACUCCCCUGCGGCGGAGUAACUAUGUGGCUGUAUCAGCCUCGGUAGAUCACACAAAGGCUCAGGUGUUAGAGAGCAGCUGUGAGAAGAGCUGUCAGGUGACCAGUGAACAGAUCAAGGCAGACAUGAAGGCUGCUGCUGAGAACAGCAGGAGGACUAGCAGUAAAGGAAUUACUACUGAGGCUGGGGAGACCAUUGCAAGACCCGUGGCUGACAGUGGGACAGUACGGGGCACUGGGAGCCCAGGGGCAACCGCAAGGACCGGAGUUAGACCAGUGACUGGAUCUGCGGGCAGAGCUGGACCUAUGGUAGCCACACACAGACAGGUGGGUGGAUGUGGGAGGGUGGUGGCGGGGACCACCCACAGAGCAACCACAACCACUGACAGAGCUACAGGAACUGGCAGGACUAAUGACGGUACACAGGGCCCCUCUGGAGCCAGGACUGGGGACAGUUGCACAAGAGAGGCUGGGGCGAGGCAGAGCUCUGGUCCUGCUGGUGAAGACAGUCUAGAGCCCAGAGAUGCUGCUGUAAACCAUGCACCCAGGAAACCAGUACUGCUGGCUGGACAGGGAGAGAGACAACCUGGCCCUGCUGGGUCUGCCUCUGCUGCCGUUUCAGCUUCACAGCAGGGUCAGGCCAGAGAUGAGGACUUUGUUCCUCGACGACCUUUGACCCGAUCCUGCACCCGUAUGUCCUCUGUGUCCCUGGUACCUGAGACGGAUCUUUCGAGAGCCAGGCCUCGAGUAGCAGUAAGGAGGAAACGAAUGGCUGAUAAAUCAACAAGCACCUCAGACCCCGUCACUGAGGACGACCACAUACAGAUUUUGUCUCUGAAGAGUAAGAACCUGGUGGGCAUCACACUGACCAACUGUGGAAUCACUGACCUGGUCCUCAAAGACUGCCCCAAGAUGAUGUUCAUUCAUGGUAACACACAGACACACUGA